AGUGACGACUGAAAGUUCAAGUUGGGUUAAACUGUGCGUCCAAAGUUUGCACAAGCUGUGCCAGGUGCUUCUGCCGACCCAUCGAGAGAAAGCAGCUCGGUGUGUGUUUUCAAGUUCUGGUCGAAACUGACAGAAUAGCUGCAGCGCUGGUGACGCAGAAUGGCUGCACUGCGACAUCUAAGGCAAUGCCACUCUGCGGGCAUUUCCAUUUCUCAUCUUCACACAAGCAGCCGGGCCUCUGCCAAACAACAUUACAAAAUGCUUGUGCUGGGAGGAGGAAGUGGAGGCAUUACAAUGAGUGCACGCAUGAAGAGGAUGAUGGGGGCCGAGAAUGUGGCUGUUGUGGAGCCCAGUGAGACUCACUACUAUCAGCCAAUAUGGACCCUGGUUGGUGCUGGUGCCAAAACUGUCGCAUCAUCAGGCCGUUCCACUGCGAGUGUUAUGCCAUCAGGAGUGAAGUGGGUGAAAUCUAAAGUUCAGGAGAUAAACCCGGACACAAACACUGUCCGAACAGAUGAUGGGAAUGAGAUCUCCUAUGAGUAUUUGAUUGUGGCUCUUGGUUUACAACUCCAUUAUGAGAAGGUCAAAGGACUGGCAGAAGGACUGGACCAUCCAAAGAUUGGGUCAAAUUACUCAGUCAAAACUGUGGAGAAAACAUGGAAAGCUUUGCAGAACUUCAAAGAGGGCAAUGCUGUGUUCACUUUUCCUAACACUCCUGUGAAAUGUCCUGGAGCUCCACAGAAGAUCAUGUACUUAUCAGAUGCUUAUUUUAGAAAGUCAGGAAAAAGGGCAAAGGCCAACUUAAUAUACAACACAUCACUACCUGUGAUCUUUGGGGUGAAGAAAUAUGCUGAUGCAUUGUGGGAGAUUGUGAAACAACGUGACCUUCAAGUAAACGUGAGGACCAACCUGAUUGAAGUACGGGCAGACAAGCAAGAAGCUGUGUUUGAAAAUCUGGACAAACCAGGCGAAACCACAGUGAUUGCGUAUGAAAUGCUUCAUGUAGUGCCACCAAUGGGACCCAAUUCAGCGAUUAAAGGCAGUCCACUGGCUGAUGAAGCUGGCUGGUUGGAUGUUGAUAAAGAAAACCUUCAACACAAGAGGUACCAAAAUGUGUUUGGGAUUGGAGACUGUACCAACCUGCCCACAGCCAGAACAGCUGCUGCUGUCGCUGCACAGUCUGCUGUCCUGAACAGAACCAUCAGCCAAAUACUGAAAAAUGAAAAGCCAGAUAAGAAAUAUAAUGGCUAUACCUCAUGUCCGUUGGUGACGAGCUACAAUUCAGUAAUUCUGGCAGAGUUUGACUACAAUUUACAACCACUGGAAACAUUUCCCAUCAAUCAAGCCAAAGAAAGACGAAUCAUGUACCACCUGAAAGCUGAUAUGAUGCCUCCCCUCUACUGGCAUGGACUUCUAAGGGGCUUGUGGGGUGGACCUGCUCCAUACAGGAAACUCCUUCAUCUUGGGAUGAAAUGAAACAACACUAUCCCUUUGCAAGUUAAGAGUAACAUUCCCUAAACUCCAGGGAGAGAAGUAACUCAUUAAAGCCACCAGUCUUCUUAAGGCCUGGCACAGAUAGUGGCUUCAUCAUGGUGAUUAUUUAGAUCAUUUGAUUAUUAUAGUGAUGAUUUUGAAGGCAUGAAUGUAAGGUCCUUCUGCACUUGAGAUGUUAUCAGCGUAGUUUCUUAUAAGUCAAGCAAUUGCACUAUCUUCAGGUCUGUGUUGUAUUCAUGCUUUGUUUACAAUUUUUGAUUGAAAAUAUCUGUAUGGAAGAGUGUUAAACUUAACCACCUCUAAAAAUACUGCAAAUGCCGUUCUAAUCUUUGAAGAUCUGUAACAAAAAUAUUUUUUUGUAAGUGAUAAUUUUUCAUGAGUUAACAAUUUUAAAAGAUUUACUCUUACAUUUUUUAAGGACUUUUUACAAUUAAACAAUCUAGUGUUAUUCUGCUAUUGAUGUGAAGAAGCAAUUGCUUAUUAGAAGUUAUGAUGGCAUACUUAGUAAUGUUUUAACACUGUUGCACUUCAUUGUUUUGUUUUUAACAACCAGAAGUUUAACUGAAUAUUUUGAGUAACUAAGUAUGUUAAACUGUUAUGUUUGCACAGUCUGUUGUUUGUGAGCAAUGGGAUAACUUUGGGUCUUAAGCCUACUGUGAUGAUUCACAAUAGAUUGUAAUCACAACAUUUGACAGUCUAUUUUGAUUUCUUACUUAAAGUGCAUUGCAGUGAAUUCAGGCAGUCCAGUGUAGCACAUGGACUCUUCCACUACAGAGCCAUGCUGUUGUAAUAGAUGCAGAAAAAAGUAUUGUCUGGGUGGCAGCAUAUGUUACAGAUGGGCAUUAUGACUUUUUCUCCAAACCCAGCAGAAAAAAAGUAAAGUUAUUUACACUAUUCCUACCAACAGCAGCUUUAAGCCUACUGUGAUGAUUCACAAUAGACUGUAAUCACAACA